AUGUUGCGAGAAAGAGACGUAAUAAUGCACGAAGCCGAGAGUUAUUUCCCUUCUAAAAAUAAAAAAAUUAAUAAAAAAUGUGGUCCGGAUGAAAACUACGGAUUAGCAGAUGAGUUGGUUGACGAUUUAACUCCUGCAGAAUUCAAAAUAAGAAAAGAUAAUUUUCUUAACGAAUUAAAGACCACUAAUCGAGAAAAAUUGGAAAACGAAACCAAAGAUCAAUCUAAAUCCCAACUUUGGUAUUCGGAGAGAAAAAAAGAAUUACUGCCUUGA